AUGACGGAAGAGAGAGGCGCGUGGGGCUCGCAACUGCAGUAUACGCUGACUGUCGCCGGUUAUGUGAUUGGCCUAGGCAAUCUAUGGCGCUUCCCGAUGCUCGCUUUUCGCCAUGGGGGAGGAGCGUUCCUGGUCCCAUAUGUGUUCUGCUCUCUGCUGUGCGGGAUGCCGCUUCUCUUUCUGGAGCUCUCCAUCGGUCAAUUUACGAAGCUUGGGCCCUCGAAGGCUUUCUACGUUUUCCGGCCGGCCUUUCAAGGUAUCGGAUGGGCGAUGGCUUGUGUUGCGAAUAUGACCUGCAUCUACUACAAUGUGAUUGUGGCUUGGUGCAUGAUCUACAUCUACUUUAUCGUUACCGGACGCACUGAGGCCAUCUCAUCAUGCGGUAAUCCGUGGAACGUCGCCUCCGACCGCUAUUGCUUCUCGCACAUCAAUAACGAAAAAUGCCGAAAGGAACAAAACCUGCAGCUGUAUUUCAACGGUACUUGCAUCAACGGAAGCUUGCCGGUAGCCAGCCACUUGACCAUAUCAGCGUCCGAACAAUUCUUUGAAAACUAUGUAUUGGAACGGUCGCCUUCCAUCGAUGAAUUCGGCGGCAUGAAUUGGAAGAUGCUGGGCUGCUUGGGAUUAGCUUGGCUGAUCACUGGACUGGCGUUGCUCCACGGCGUCAAGUUGAUGGGCCGACUUUCCUACAUUACCUCCACUGUCCCGUAUCUCAUCAUGGCCGCCUUCUUUAUUAGAGCCAUCACAUUACCCGGAUCAGAACGCGGGAUACGCUUCUAUCUUACCGAGCCUGCCUGGGAAAAUGUCUUCAAGUUUGCGACCUGGCGAGAUGCUUUGAACCAAAUCUGCUAUUCCCUCGGCCUGGGCUUUGGUAAUCUGUUAUCGAUGGCCUCUUACAACUCCAUACGCCAUAAUUGCUACAGGGAUGCUUGUCUCUUUGCGUUCAUCGACACAUUCAUGUCUUUGUUUGGCGGGACUACGGUGUUCGCCACGUUAGGCGUCAUGUCACUACAAAUGGACAAGGAAAUUUCAGAAGUAGUGGCUGAAGGACAGUCGCUGGCGUUUAUUGCGUACCCCGAAGCUAUCAUCCGGCUGCCACUACCCUGGCUGUGGAGUUUCCUUUUCUUCUUCAUGAUCUUCCUGAUAGGUGUUUCUAGUCAAUACGCAAUGGCUGAGGGUGUGGCGACGAGCUUCUUUGAUCAAUUCCCUCAAGCACGUCAGCAUCGGCAUUUGGUUGUGUUCGCUGUCUGCGCGUUUGAUUUUGCGAUCGGCAUUUUGAUGUGUACUCGGGCGGGGAUCUACUACUUUACGCUCUUCAACGAUUACAGCGCUUCGUUCGGGUUGUGCGCUGCGAUCCUGGCCGAAGUGUUUAUGAUUUUGAUUAGUUAUGGGCUGAAGAGAUGGCGGAGUGAUAUGCGGUUGAUGUUCCGGGAGCCAUCCACCUGGCUGGGGCGUUGGUUUGGCCCGCUAGGACAUAUGAUCGACUACAAUUGGCUACUCGUCUCGCCCAUCGUCCUAAUGUGCACAUCGGCCCUGAUCAUCUACGGCAUGUUCAGUGGUACUUCAACAUACGGAAACGGCGCCGAUAUGUAUUCGUUCCCGACAUGGACCAAGUUUGUUGGAUGGACCCUUGGCAUCAUCCCUGCAGUGAUGCUUCCCCUAUUUUAUGCAUACAAUGCGUACUACUUUCGUGUUCUUGGAAAGCCCCAGAGCGAAUUAUUCCGCACUCAACCGGGACAUCCGACUCAUUUGGCGGAGACAAAUGCUCCAAAAAGCUCAGCAUCCGUUUCGGACAGCAGCUCGACGCGAUGCAGCGACUCCUUUUCAUUGGAGCAGCUAGAAGCUAAAAAGUGCCGCAGU